CAGCUUGGACUCCAAGAAUUGGAGUAUGCAGGGUCCGAAGUACGAAGGGUGGAGCAGGAUCGUGUGGGUGAGCUCUUUCUGUAAAAUGAGGUACAUAGUCGCACAAUUAGAGAGACAGAAGUACUUGCAAUGGAGAACAUGGCGGGGACACAACACGUCCCCCGAGUGACAUGGGCUCGUAAAAUGAACGUGGAGAUCUUACCCCUGGUGUAAUUUGACUUAAGAAACUAUGCUGUUUGGUUACGAGUUCGCGUAGCCACGCUGUUUCGACAUCUGAGCACGAGGAUACCUCACUGCCAAUGCACGUUAGAUGUGCGGGUAAGCAGCUCUCUCUCCUGCAUAAGUAAUUGUCAGAUCACCGACAACGGUAUCAUGCCGUUCCAAAUUCUUUCUUCUAUCUGGAGGGGUAUCGUAACAGCCGCCCUAUGGUUUUUUCACCUCUUUCUUGGGGCAUGGCUUUCCCAAGGCACUCUUCUACAUGAUAAUCAUACGAGGGUCGGCUGUAAUGCACAGGACAAUGGCACUAGUCGUUUCCGGAGGAGUACUUCUAGUACCGGUUGGUCUCUGACCAUGCCCAACGUCUCCCCAGACAUGCCCCCCCGUCCAGAAUUCACCCCGUUCACAAUUCCAUACCUUUGCAUGUCCAAGCCAUAUGAUGGGAAAGGGUUCUGGACAUAUCCAGAGCGCCACGGUUGGAUCAUACACACGAAGGACGAGAAAUGUCAUGUCCUCUGUCCACCAGGCAUUUGCCGUGACGGCAUGAGCCUGGCAGACAUUGGCCGCACGAGGCAGGCCCAACCGCCAAUAUUAUCGCGUGUCGACGGAAUGCCAGUCACUGCCAGUGACAAAGUCGCGUUCCUCCAAGCUUGGCUCUUCUUUGGCGUCCUCACGGAAGUCUCCGCUUUAUGCGGACUCGAGCUCGAUGUCGAGGUAGAGUUCAUUGUCGGCAAUGGAUCUGUCUCCACUGCGAAGCUCAAUGGCUUACCAGGGAGAUGGUUCGCGGCUGCAGUGAAGAAAAAUCGAGCAGGUGAUCAUGUGUUCAUGGAACAUAUUCUAUCGAUCGCGCGACAUGCAGUCUUAAUACUCUCUGAAGAGCUCGCCGAGGAUGGUACCCGGAGGUUCGAGUACACGUACGCCGAAUGUCGUGUCCUGCACUCUCUCGACAUCACCGCCCGUAUUGUCGCUCUGCACCUGCUUUUGCACGUAUACAUGCCCGGAUUUAUGGUGACCAAUGAGAAUGGAUGGGGCCACGAGAGGAUCUUGAAAAGCGUGGACUGGAUCGGCCGCGAAUGCGAGGGAUUGGACCAGUUGUCCGAUAUAGCGCAGACGGAACUCGCAGAGCGAGGUUGGUGCACGAGCGAGAUUUACCUGCUAGCACCUGACGACCUGGCCUUCGCAUCCCUCCUGACUCUCCCGGGAAUCAGGGAUCAUUCUGGGUUACGAGGCAUGUGCAGGACGGAUGCAGCUGCAACUUCGUGGGUGUACCGACAGGUCUUUUGGUUAAUGCAUUGUCCCAGGACAAGGUUCCCAAACUGUGUAUUACUGAGCAGUUGGAGUUACGAAUGGUUGUAGAAGAUAACUACCCAUAUAUUGCGUUCUCCCAUGUUUGUACGUCUCCAUUGCUGUCCACUCCUUCUUCCACUGAUCUUCUGUCUCCAUUAAGGGGCCGAUGGGCUUGGAAACCCGCUCACAAAUGCACUUCCUAGAUGCCAGCUUCGUCGAUUGCGUGAUUAUGCAAACGAACUAUACCGCGUACACAAUCCCGUCGAGCCAAGCGCAAGAGCGUACCGCAGGAAAGCUAUCCAGCUCCUAGGGGAGACUUUCAAUGAAGCAGAUGCGGUCUUGGUUCUCGAUCGGGAACUCGAAGUCGUCGAAUCUGCUGCAGCGUCA